AGAAUAUACAAAAGUCAUCAAAUUAAAAUCAGAAUCAUGCAAAUAACUAAAAAUUACAAGUUAUAAAUUACUAAAUUUGUAAAAGUGGAUUUUGAAUGUGUUUUCCAAAUUGUAUUUUAUUUUAGUAGAAAAAUAUAAUUUGUGAUUGGUAUUACUAAUAAUUGCCCUGACCCCAUCCAUCAAAAGUUUAUAUAGUAAAUGUGAUACCAAUUUUAAGCUUAUUUCUGCUCUUUAAAAACGUUAUACUAAAUGGAUAACGUUUGAGAGAAGUGGUGUGCGUUAAAGACGAGUUUAGAUGCAGUGCAAUAUGAUUUUGUAUUAAAAUCUGUUGUUCACUGCACAGAGAUAUCAUGGGGUCCAUGCGACCAACCGGCCGAUUCCUUUCGUUUACGAAGAACAUUCCGAGGGCACAGAAACCAACUGUGGCCAGUGGGUUUCCCCAAAGUUUGUCCGGUAGCGAGACGGAUGUCUCAACGUCGAACGAGAACCUGUCCCGUGAGGAGCGCUACGUGGUGCGCCACACCGCGCGCGUCGAGCCGCAGGGACAGGAAACGCAGACCCAGAACAAUAAUAAUAAUAACAACAGGAAUUCCUUGAAGGAAAGUGUGACCGGUAGCAACCGCAACUCCCUGAAAGAGUCCGUGGGUGGCGGUAACAGUAACCGGAGCUCGCUCGACGUGUCUUCUUCAUCUUACAACACGCUCAUCAUCCACAACCAAGACGACCCAUGGCCGGCGCGGCCGACACCUAUUCGAGAACACGAACGAACCAGCAGCGAAGUGAAGCACACCACAACUCAAUCCUCGCCAUAUCACACGUUAAAGAAGGCGGAAACUAAGAAACCCAGUGGCAUACCCUUGCCCAAGGUCCACAAGGAACAGGCGGUUACCACCACGGCCAACUACAUUGAUAUUGGUGGGCAGAGGAUCUACACUAGUCCGCCCGAUCAUUCUGUUCAGGAAAUAACUGAGAUCCCUGAUGACUUCCUCAACCAAUCAUCAGUCCUCAAACACCUGGCCAAAGAGGUGGCCGGCACACCGAGCGCGGAGCGCGGGCCCACCGAACGGAAAUCAAAGGGCAAACCCAACAAGCUUAGCAAGGAGAAGCUUAGCUUGAGUCGGUCGCAGCCGGACCUCACUGGUGUGGGCACUACAGCGGGCGUGCGCGCCGUGCCCGGCGGCUCCGAGUCGUCGGGCUGGUGCAGCGGCGGCGAGGGCUCCGUGGAGGAGCCGGACGACGCCUUCGGUGCCGUGCUGGACGCUCUCGCCGCCGAGAACCAGCAGCUGAAGAGGCAGCUCGGGGACGCGCUCGAGCGCGUCUCCAAGACCAACAAGUUGGAAGAGGAAGUGGAGAAGGUCCGGUGCGCGCACGAGGAGCUGGUGGGGUCGUGCGCGCGGCGCGAGCAGCUGGAGCGCGCGGCGCGCACGCGGCUGCAGGCCGACUGCCGCCGCCUGCACGACCUCAACCGCGCGCUCAAGCAGCAGGUGGAAUUGCUGUCGGCGGGUGUGCGUGCCGACGGCGACAGCAACGCGGAGGCGCUGCGGAAGGAACUGCAAAAUAGGGAGAUGCUCAUCGCACAGCUCAUUGCACAGAACAAGGAGCUGGCUUGCAGUAAAGAAAGACAAGAAAUAGAGAUGGCAGCCCAACGAGCGACCCUGCAAGAGCAGCGCACGCAUAUUGACAUACUCGACACGGCGCUCACUAACGCGCAGGCCAACGUCGUGCGCCUCGAGGAGGAGUGUCGUCACGCAAGCGGCUACGUGGAGCGCGUCAUGGGCCUUCAGCGUGCGUUGGCGUCUCUUCAACAAGCCUCAGACCGCCGCGAACACACCGAGCGAAAACUCAGGGCGCAGCUCGAGAAAGAACUACAGACAUUAAGAAAACGGGAGUGCAACUGCGGCGAGCGCGGCGCGAGCACCGCGGGCGGCGAGGCGGAGCUGCGCCGGCAGCUGCGGGAGCGAGACGAGCGCCUGCUCGCGCUCGAGGGGGAGUGCGCCAAGUGGGAGCAGCGCUACCUCGAGGAGGCGGCCCUGCGGCAGGCGGCUGUGUCUGCUGCUUCCAUACCCAAAGACGCAAAAAUAGCUGCUCUGGAGAAGACCUCAGCGGAGUCCGAGCGGCUGAUGGCCGAGGCCCGCAGCGAGAAGAUCCGACACAUGGACGAGCUGCAUUCAGCGCAGAAAAAACUAGCUGAUCUGGAGAGCAGGGUUAAGGAGUUGGAGUCCAAGGUGGCAGAACGCGAUGCGAUGAUCAAAGUGCUGCAGAAACACACCAGCGCCGCUUACGACAGUGGCGCCUCUCUGCGGAACAACUCCAGUCGCGAGGAGCUAGUGGGCCUGUCGUCGGGCGCGUCGUUCUCCAGCGCGGAGGGCGUGGGCGGCGUGCCGGCGCGCUACCGCCACCUGCGCCGCAACUACUCGCCGCAGGAGAACUGCAGCGGUUGCGGGUUCGACAGCACGUCGCUGCGGCUGGACGAGCAGCUGGCGGCGCUGGAGUCGCGGCUGGAGCGGCCGCCCGUGCCCGCCGUGAGUUACCUGCCCUCCUUGCCCUCUCUGCCCUCCCUGCCCUCCCUUCCCCGCGACGACCGCCCCAGCUACUACUGACCGAUCGCUCCCACCCUACCCUAUCGCACAUCAAUCAAUCUAUCUUAAUUGUUUUUAUACUCUGAAAAACUAAUUUUGUAACUAGAUAUUUGGCAAAAUUUUGAAAAAUAUUGGCGCGAUUGGUCCAUCGCCCAUACCAAUUUCGAAAUUUCCUCAUGAUUUGAAUGUACUUAUCCUAAUGACCCGUUCACAUCUAUUCCAGUAGCAUUCCAGUCCAGUGAUCGAAAGCAGUGCUGGACUGGAUCAUAUCGUUUACGUUAAUUCCAGUAAUUAUCAUCAUCCAUUGAAUGUAUGGAGGCUAUUACCGAAAACAACAAUGCGUGUUCACUGUUUAACGUUUAAACUGGCACUGGAUUGGCUGUCUACACUAUUCCAGUAGCACUGCAUUGGGCAAGCUGGAAUCAAAAAGUCCAUCAUCAAUCCAAUCACUGGACUGGAAUGAGCAUAUUUCCAGUGCCAGUUUACAUUAUUCCAUUAACAUUCCAGUACUGGAUUCGGUCACUAGACUGGGACUGGACCAACUAGAUGAGCCCUAAGUUUAUAAAAAUACUGGAAGUUAUGCGUAGGACAUAAAUGUAUUAUGAUGUGCAAUGUUCUUUGUGUGAUUUUUUACUGAUUGUUAUUGUUGAAAUUGCAGAAAUAUGUUUAUUUUCUUAUCCGUAUAUUUCCGUAAAUUUACAGACUGUUAUGAAACGAUUUAAAUGGCGAAAAAUUCCAAUGAUGGUACGCCGGCUUCCUGACUUUUUUCGGGAAGAACCUUAUAAAAAUACAAUGUAAUUCAAUGUAGAAAAUGACUUACUCUACAUCAUAAAAUAAUACUAUAAGGGCGUGCCGUUUCAUAGUCAUAUUUGUUUGCCUGAAAUUUAUUCCUACGUGUGCUUCCUCCGGUGUUUUUAUAAGCUUGUUCCAGAUUAUACCAAAUCAGUCUUUUGAUGUGAACUUUUAGACACAUCUAGCUCAAAAUCAGUGUAGAUAAUCAUUAAAUGACCCUUAUUUUCCCGUUUCAAUAACUUACCUCGCAAUGAAAUAAGUACAAUUGUAUUUCCGCGAAACUUAUUCACAUUCCAAUUUCAAUACAGCUAUUUACAAAUAAUGCCAAAACAUGGCAAAAGCUUUUUCAUACAGAAAAUAAAUAAAAAAUAUCUAUCUAAUAACAUAAGGAAGAAAUUAAUAUAAAACUUAAUUAUGGUUCUUGAUUCCAAAUUAUUUUGAUUAUGUAAUUUUGUUUUUUUUUUGCUAAUGUUUAUCAAGAAAUCAUCAAUAU